AUGAGAGGUGCGUUUGGUCAAAUUAUUCGUAACUUGAUAGGUGACAGAGGUGAUGGUGUAGAGAGAAUUCCACCAACAGCAUCAAACAGACGACGCAACGAAGCAAAUCGUCCAAUUAGGCAGCGUCGUCGAAGACAAGAGGAGGUCCAGGAUGAUGAUAUUGAGUCCACCGAGCAUGCACAUAUGGAGGAGGAUGUCCCUCAGCCUCCACAGAUGGAGCAUGCCGCUGAUGAUGUUCAUGAUACUUCUGCACAUGCUGAUGAGUCGGAUGAUGCUGCUGAUAUUGAUGAUCAGGAUCAGCAGACCGGAUUUCCCGGAGGACCGACGGAUUGUGGAUCACUAAAGGUAAUUACUCAUGGAUUGAAACUGAAGAAGUUUGCGGAAGUUCCUAUGCUAGCUCCUGUAGAGCAUUGGAUUCAGGAAUCUGGGCUGAUGCAUCUAUCUUCAGGCUACCUCACAAUGGCUGAUGCUGGUCUGAUAUCCGCAUUUGUUGGAAGAUGGCAUAGAGAGAUCAACUCAUUUCAUCUGCCAUUUGGAGAGAUGACUAUCACCUUAGACGAUGUCGCGACUCUCCUUCACAUCUCACCACAUGGUAAAAUUUUUGAUGCACCUUUGAAUAUGAAUACUAAUAAUGCUGCAAGAGCUGCACAUGAGUACUUAGGUGCAACAUGGGGUGUCCAAUAUAGAUUGCAAUGGUUGCGUGAUUUAUAUAGUCGUCUCAUUCAAACUAACCAGUUUGAGUGUGCGGCUAGAACGUAUCUGUUGCAUUUAGUUGGCUGCACUAUUUUCUCCGAUAAAACACAUAUGCGUGUUGUGGCGAAAUACGUUACUCUUUUUAUUGAUUUACAUCGUUGUCGAGACUACUCGUGGGCUUCCGCGGUAUUGGUUUUCCUUUAUGACAACUUGGGAGAUGGAGUUGUCCACGACACUCGACAGUUGGGAGGUUACAUGACUCUACUACAGUGUUGGAUUUACGAGCACUUUCCUAGGAUCUGUAAGCGGGGUGAUAGAGGAGCGGUUCCUGCGCAUCUUCCAAGAGCAUGUAGGUGGACUGCAAAACAUGUUGUCAAAGGUGGAUUGAUGGCAUAUCGUCGGAGACUUGAUGCGUUGUUGCUCGAGGAUGUAGUGUUUACACCAUAUGAUGAUGAUCGAGCUAAUCAUCCGUUUGUAUCGAUUUCGAUGUUUUCUGGAUAUCUUCUAUGUGGUGGAGUCUCAGUCCCAUAUUUGCCAGAGCGAUGUCUUCGACAAUUUGGUCGUAUUCAGUGCAUUCCGUAUGACGUUCAUCCGAUGUCGGACAAUAUAGAUUGGGUCUGGCAGAGUACUAUGAGAUCAUCUGUAGAGACCUUUCGAAGGCUAUAUCUUGUUGCGACUUUUCCUGUAGAGGUCACUGCAGACUACUAUGCAUGGUACAUUAGUGUUUCACAUCCUUUGAUUCUCCCUCCAUCCACUAUUGCACCUUCGAGUCCACAUACUACUGUUGCUGCACAUGCAGGUCCAUCAUCGUCUGCACAUGCUGGUAGAGACCAUAGAGAUCGUAGAGACCGUAGUGCAGCUGAGCUUGCACAUAGGGCCUUAGAUAUGGUAACACCAUUUAGUGAGAUUCAUGACAUAUUGAGUGAAUUAUGUCGCUUGUAUGACGAUUAG